UUCACCUGCCAUGGCCGCCCCCUGCGACACAUGAGCACUAAUUUCAAAAGAUUCCCUGGCUACCUAUGAAUGGUGGAAUAGUUUGUGAAGUAAUCUAAUCAUGGAAUGGGGCUAAUAAUCUAACUGCACAGUUGUAUUGAUCCUAUUUCUGUAUUUUUGUGCUUCGAGUACAAAUACGCGUUCCAGUUAGCGAAGGUCUCACCUUAAACAAGUCCUUCGCCGGUGGCCAUGCAGUUUUUAUUGAGACCUCGAAGCACCGCGUUGUCGUUUGUUGGACGCUUCAGUGAUGUUAAGAAAUGUCGAAUUAAGCGAAGGAGUCAGGGCUGCACAGCGCCGGGUACUCGGAUAAGACACAGAUGGAUAAAGACUGUUGGUGAGCCUGCGAUCUGUCCGACUGCGAGACAGUUCUGCUCCUCAGCUGAAAAGCAGGAUGUUGAUAUGUCAAAGUUUCCUGUUGACCGAAUAAGAAAUUUCAGUAUAAUUGCUCAUAUUGACCAUGGAAAAAGCACUUUGGCUGACAGAUUAUUGGAGAUGACAGGUGCUAUUGCGAAGACUGAGCGUAAUAAGCAGGUGCUGGAUAAACUUCAGGUGGAGAGGGAGAGAGGAAUCACUGUGAAGGCUCAGACUGCCUCACUAUUCUAUCAGCACAGAGGACAAACUUAUUUGCUCAACCUCAUAGACACACCGGGUCAUGUUGACUUCAGCUAUGAGGUAUCACGCUCUCUAUCAGCAUGCCAAGGAGUUCUGCUUAUAGUAGAUGCAAAUCAGGGAAUACAAGCACAGACAGUAGCCAACUUCUACUUGGCUUUUGAGGCUCAGCUAACCAUCAUACCAGUUAUAAAUAAGAUUGAUUUAAAAAAUGCAGACCCUGAUAGAGUGGAAAAGCAAAUCGAAAAGAUAUUUGAUAUUCCAAAGGAAGAGUGUGUCAGGAUUUCUGCAAAAUUUGGAACGAACGUCGAUCAGGUUCUUCAAGAGGUGGUGAAAAGAAUACCUCCUCCCACAGCUAAGGUGGAAGAACCGUUUAAAGCCCUGCUCUUUGACUCUACGUUUGACCACUAUAGAGGGGUGGUAGCUAAUAUUGCCCUGUUUGGAGGAUAUGUCACUAAGGGCGACAGAAUCGUCUCCGCCCACCUUGGAAAAAUGUAUGAGGUCAAUGAACUGGGAGUUCUGAGACCAGAUGAACAGCCCACAGAGAGACUCUAUGCGGGACAGGUGGGUUACGUGAUUGCGGGGAUGAAGGACGUGAAGGAUGCUCAGAUCGGAGACACGUUGUACCUCCAUAAGCAUCCCGUGGAGCCGCUGCCUGGCUUCAGUCCAGCUAAAUCCAUGGUGUUUGCAGGCAUGUACCCUACAGACCAGUCGGAGUACACAGCGCUGCGACGUGCGGUGGAGAAGCUGGCUCUGAAUGACUCAAGCGUGACCGUGCAGAGGGACAACAGCCUUGCUCUGGGUGCUGGAUGGAGGCUGGGGUUCCUGGGUCUGUUACAUAUGGAGGUAUUUAUCCAGCGCUUGGAACAGGAGUACAAUGCUACUGUUAUAAUAACUGCUCCAACAGUGCCGUACAAAGCUGUCCUGGCCUCUCCCAAACUCAUAAAGGAGUACAGAGAGGAGGUGGUGACCAUCAUAAACCCAGCACAGUUCCCUGAGAAAUCUCAGGUGGUGGAAUACCAGGAGCCGAUGGUGAUGGGAACUAUUAUUGCCCCUGAUGAAUUCACUGGCAAGAUCAUGAGCCUUUGUCUGAGCCGAAGAGCUAUUCAGAAGAACAUGGUUUACAUUGACGACCAUCGGGUGAUGAUGAAGUAUCUGUUCCCUCUUAACGAGGUUGUGGUGGAUUUUUAUGACCAACUUAAGUCAAUGUCAUCAGGAUACGCUAGCUUUGACUAUGAGGAUGCUGGUUAUCAACUAGCUGAACUAAUUAAGAUCGAAUUCCUGCUCAAUGGGAAACCAGUGGAAGAGCUCACCACAGUUGUUCACAAAGACCGGGCAUAUAGCACAGGAAAAGCCAUGUGUGAGAGGUUGAAGGAGUCCAUCCCCAGACAGAUGUUUGAGAUUGCUGUGCAGGCAGCCAUCGGAAGCAAGGUCAUAGCCAGGGAAACGAUCAAAGCAUACAGAAAGAACGUUCUAGCAAAAUGCUACGGUGGAGAUAUCACCCGCAAAAUGAAACUGCUGAAGAAGCAGGCGGAGGGCAAGAAGAGAAUGAGGCUCAUCGGAAAUGUGGAGGUCCCAAAAGAUGCCUUCAUGAAUGUACUCAAAAGGAAGUAGAAGUCCCAUGUUAUUGUGAUGAGAUUAAACAGGGUUACCAUUUAUUUAUCUCUUAUGGAAAUAUGUAAUGGACAUUUUGGAAGUAUGAAUUGCUGGUUUAAAAUGCUGUUACAACUGAGUUAAAUAAUUGAUAAUAGACAUAAAUAAUGUAAGACUACUUGAGGAGCCAUUUAUUAUAUAAGGGCUUCUGGCUAUUUGAGGACAAUAACAGUGCUUAGGAGUCUGAAGAUAAUGUGUAAAGCAUGUAAGAAACUUACUCGUUUUAUUCAGAGCAAAGUGUCCAAACAAAAACCAAAUGAGCUUUUAUCAUUUCUGCAGCCAUGGGCAUGUAAAUGAUGAUUUGAAAAAGUAAAAUUGGCACUUAAAUAUAAGUCUGAUAACAGCUGUUCCAUAUAAAUUGUUUCAGAAUGAACGUUCUUUAAUAAACAACAACAAAACAAAUUAA